ACGCAGACAGCUUGUGUAUGACGUCACUAUAGAGCUUCAGGCAUUAAAUAAAUAUAGCUGCAGCCAAGGCGCUGAUAUACCACGAGCCGGUUGGAGGGGUGUGGUCAGGGGAGGCCACGCCUCUACCCCGUGACGUUCCCGUUUGUGCGGGUUCAUCCCAUGUAGUGCGGCAGAGAAAGAGCUGCACGAGGGUAGGAUGGGGCCCGUCUACGUGGUACUUGUGGCCGCCAUUCUCUACCGACCGAGCACCGGGAGCGAGGCGACCAUUACCGUCACACUACCUCCGCAGGCCAGCGACCGGUUCAGCCCGAGCAGCGCUGCCUCCAGCACGGUCCUUUCCGGGGCAGACCCGGUACUGGCGCGGAGGACUCAGCGCCACAAUCUACUUCUUCUUUUCCAUCGCUACGGCGAGAAUAACCAGAGCCUGACCGUGGACGGAUUGCGGCAACUGCUGCACAACCUCGGGGUGGAGAGACUAAAGAGCAUCGCCAGCGAACACCCGCCACACCCCCAGCAUCAUGAUCACCAUCCGCAUCAUCACCCCCAUCAUCCGCACAACCAGCGGACGGCUGCUACUUGUCCGGAGAGCAGGAAGAGGCGGCAUGUCACCUCUGCCGACACAUCUACCGGGACGGAGUGUUUAAAUGCCUCCAGACUUCUGACAGUACAUGGUAUGGACACUCAUACGCUGCUUGGUGUGGGCGAGUUUAGCUACAUAUGUCCAGCGAUCAUCAAUCAGAUUGACAGGAAGUCCUGCCUGAUUAAUGUUAAUGAAGAACUGGUGGCAGAAAGUAGCCAGGGUGUAUACUCCAAGAAAGUAGCAUGGAUUGGUGGAUUUAUCGCUAUCACUAUUAUUAGUGUGCUGUCCUUACUUGGAAUCAUCUUAGUUCCUCUUAUGAACAAAGUUUUCUUCAAGUUUCUUUUAAGUUUCCUGGUGGCACUGGCAGUUGGCACUUUAAGCGGAGAUGCAUUUUUACACCUUCUUCCACAUUCCCAUUCAAAACAUUACCAUAGCCAUGGUGGAUAUGUGAAUAAAACUCAUGAAGAUGAAAAUGAAGACGAAAGCGCUCACUUGGAUGCAACAUGGAAGGGUCUGACUGCUCUGGGUGGUCUCUAUUUUAUGUUCCUUGUGGAACAUUUGAUCACAUUGAUCAAGCAAUAUAAAGACAAAAAACAGAAGAAUCAAAAAAAAACUGAAACUGAAGAGGAAUUAGAAAUUAAGAAGCAGUUGUCAAAUCAUUCACAUAUUGAAGAAAAGGACGCAUCUGAAUCUAGUUCCCAUCAUGAGAGCUACACAGAGGGUGAAGCACAAGAUGGGAAUCACUUCCAGACCAUACAACCUGAUGCUCCAGAAGAGGAGGAGGAAGAAGUAAUGAUUGCUCAUUCCCAUGAUGAAACUAGUUACCAGGAAUAUGUGUCUAGAGGAUGUGAAAACAAAUGCCAUUCCCAUUUUCAUGACACACUAGGCCAGUCUGAUGACCUGAUUCAUCAUCACCAUGAUUAUCAUCAUAUCCUGCAUCAUCAUCAUCACCAAAAUCACCAUCCUCACAGCCAUUCACAGCGGUACUCUCGGGAAGAGCUGAAAGAUGCCGGAAUUGCUACUUUGGCCUGGAUGGUUAUCAUGGGUGAUGGGCUACACAACUUCAGUGACGGCUUAGCAAUUGGGGCAGCAUUCACUGAAGGGCUAUCCAGUGGCUUAAGCACUUCUGUUGCAGUUUUUUGUCAUGAACUUCCACAUGAGUUAGGUGAUUUUGCAGUUCUUUUGAAAGCUGGUAUGACUGUAAGGCAAGCAGUGCUGUACAAUGCACUGUCUGCCAUGUUGGCUUACCUGGGUAUGAUCACUGGCAUUCUCAUAGGACACUAUGCAGAACAUGUUUCAAUGUGGAUCUUUGCUCUUACAGCAGGGUUAUUCAUGUAUGUCGCGUUUGUUGACAUGGUACCAGAAAUGUUGCACAAUGAUGCAAGUGAUCAUGGCUGCAGUCGCUGGGGGUAUUUUCUGUUACAGAAUGCAGGGAUUCUUUUAGGUUUUUUCAUUAUGUUGGUCAUUUCCAUAUUUGAACACAAAAUUGCCUUUAAAGUGAACUUAUAAUGUUAGGUCACCUUGGCCAUACUUGUCCUCAUGCUGUAGAAUAACUAAUGUAUAUGUGUUUUUAUUAUUUAAUUUUUUUAAGCAGCCAGCGUGUAUAUUUAAUAGCAAUUGUAAAAAAAAACAAAAAAACAGCACUUAGUGAUGUUACCAUUGGGGCAGUAAGACUGCAAGGAGCUGCCAUAACAUGAAGGGCUCUUGUGCCAAACCAUUUUUUAAUGUAUUCAAUUAACUUUUUUAAUUUUAAUUUUUUAUUAGUUUUCUACAGAAAAUCUUUACCAAACUUCUAUGGUAGAUCUCAUUAGGAGGGUAUUCAGAUGACAUUGAUGAACUACACUUAAAACGCCCCAGCAUACACUAGUUCAUCUAUAGGGCUCCAUUAGCCUGAUGAAGGUAGUUGGACUAGCAUUCUACUGUAUACUACAAAUAAUUAAGUGACAUAAUGUAGUAAACUACCCUGUUCCAUAGAACAGUUGGUCCCAAGCAAUGAUGAAUUUGUCUGUAUGCCUACACGAUGGAAAUGCCGCAGUCCUAUUGUUUUUGCUGACAUAUGAGUAUAAAAAAUCCUGAUCUUGUAUGUUACAUAAUGUCCUGCAGGUUUCAUCUUCUUUCAUGAAAAUGUCCUUUCAGACCAUUGAGCAUUUCUUUUACUUAUUUUUAAAAGUUUAUGCUGGAGGUCAGUAUUAGUCUAUACAGUAUAGAAAAUAGGGUUUAUUUGUUUGUGGCUGUAUUCAUACAGUAUGAUAGUGAGGUACUGUUUUUUUUUUAUUUUUUUAUUGAAAUGAAAGGAGGAAAACAUUUUGUGAUAAAUAGAAUACUAAAAACUUUAAGGGUCCGUCUACACUGCUGAAUUACCAGGUGGAGAUCCUGUGUGCCACCAAAAUCUCGUAGGACCAAGUUUAUAUUUGCCGUCUCCAUAGACGGCAAUGCAGCCCGGUGACAUUCUGCCAGAAGAAUAAACAUGUUCAUUCUUUUGGCUGGUGCUGAAUCUUGAAAUUUUUAAGCGGAAAUUCCGCAAUAUGAAUGGUGCAGCAGAAUCCUAUUGAGAACAAUGAGAUUCUGCUGCAAGCAGGAGAAAAUUUUGCAGUUUUCACUGGCCCUUUUAAGAUGGCUAUGUUGUAGAAAAUCCACCAGCACUUUGUGUGAGAUUUACAGAUUUACAUGAGGCUACGAUAUAGAUUUUUCACAGAAAAUCUAACUCCGUACAGGUACGCUGCAAAGUACCAUUAAUAAGCAAGACGCUUGUUUUGUCAAGGGGCAAAACAAGUGUUUUCUCCGGUUGUAAAUUAAUAAAUGGUUGUAUUACCUAGUCAGUAACUUAUCCUAAUAUUCAGAGCGUAUGCUGUAGGAUGGGUUACAAGAGUACACACCUGCAUAGAAGUGACAUAAGACCUCCCUCCAGCACUGACAUAUUACACAUACCUGAGUGUGCACAUAGGGCUUAGUCACUGUUAUCCAUGACUGGGUAGUGGUUGUAACAUCUGAUCCUAAAUAUGGAACAGUACAAAACUGUUGUGUUGUGCUUCUUAGGGAUGGUCGUUCACAUUGCACUUAUUACCGUAUAUACUCGAGCAUAAGCCGACCCGAAUAUAAACCGAGGCCUCUAAUUUCACCCCAAAAACCCAGGAAAAGUUAUUGACUCGACUAUAAGCCUAGGGUGGGAAAUAAAUCAUCCCCCCCCCCCUUGUCAUCAUCCAGACCCCUGUCAUUAACACCCCCGUCAUCAUCACCCUAUCAUCCAAACCCCCGUCAUAAUCACCCUGUCAUCAUCCAGACCCCCGUCAUCAUCCCCCUCGUCAUCAUCACCCCCCCCCCCUUCAUCAUCACC